GUUCAUUUAACACUCGAACACCGCUUUUUUGCUCUGACACUUUUCGCCAAUACAAAUUUUGAUUGCGAAACGAAGAUAGUUAUUCAACUGUGGCUACUGAAAGAAAGGCAAUUAGGGUUAAAUUUACAUAGGAAAGCGGUUAUUUUCCUAGUUUAUCGCAACGCUUGAACGCUUCCAUUGGGGCACAGCUUCCACUUCGCGGAACGCGUGUACCUUAUCGUCGUCUAUAAAGCUAAUCUCGAAUCUAUCGAAAACUUCCAAUCGUCACUUUGUCAUCAAACUAAACAAUCAAGUAAAAAAAAGGCUCCGGCGUUUACUGAGAAACAGUUUGGCACAACUCUCCGUCCGGCAAGUUUGAGUGAGUGUUAAUUGUUCGCUUCGGGCACAUAAUUAUGGGUCAAUUGGGGCUUCGAUUUUCUGCUCGCCAAUAUUGUGUUAUUGUUGCUGUGGCUUUAGGAGCACUGGGGCACUGGCCAACGACGGAGACGGCGUGGACUGCAAAUGAAGACUUCCCGUGUGACGUCGAGUUGAUUGAACCUAUUACAAGCGCAGUUGUGCCUCAAAACCCGACAAGUACUAGGCACUUCAACACGGACUUCUUCUUUUCGUCACACUCCUAUCCAAGUUACGUGAAAGGAAAAGACCCGGUGGAGGAGUACAACCGACAUCGCUUACAUGUGGAUACCUCCUAUUUUGCAGUCAACAAACAACCUAUUCCAGAUGAAGUGAACAGGGACGAGUUACAAGAAAAUUUAAAUAAUAUUAGGCGCAAGUUUUCGAAGACGAAGUCUCAAGAAAAAAAUAAUGUGUAUGGAAAUAAAGUUAUGAGAAACACAAACAGAGAAAUGAAAGAACCUAUCAAACGGGUAGGAUGUUUUGAUCCAUCGGAUGCAGCGGGGCAGGAAAGUAAGAGUUAUCCGAGACGGUACGAAGAAUCUGAUCCGCAUGUUUUUGCCUAUGAAAGGAUGGAACCAGGGGAAGAAACUGAACAACGACGCCAAAAUAGCCUACCGGGGGAUUCGAUGUAUUUUCAAUACUUUAACUUCUAUGGUGACGGAUCCUAUAACGCUGGCUCGAAGCGUGGCAACGUUCAGCACUACAUUGAACAGCACGAGCGGGGUUCACCUGGUGCCGGGGUUUUUCAGAAACGGGUGAAAUGGGCAGACAAGAAAGGCGGCUUUGGUGAACACUACUGGGACCUGAACCAUGUCACAAAAUGAUAAAAUACUAUAAGUAAACGUAAUCUUGAGACAAAAUGGAUUAUCACAAAUAAAUUCCGAUGCGAUCUUCCAACCUGUUAUUCAUAGCGCUAGUAUCGCGUGCAUAACCCAGCGUGUUGUUUUUAAAUGCUACACACAAGUCGGCCAAGGUUCCGACGAUUAGCGAUGCUUUUAUACCGUGUACCGUUAUGACCGGCAAUACACGACACUUUUGCACACCCCCAUAAAACAGACCUUGAUGACCUUUAGAUUGCUGUGCGGUCUGCACUUCAUUUGUCAUGGUGUUGUUAACCUA